UGACAAACAACUGACAGAAGAUUCUUUCGUUUCCGUUUGCACGUGUGAAUUUGGUUCGGUGAUAAUUUUAUUUAUUUUAUUGUACAAAUUAAAUUAUUGCCUAUUUGUGGAUUGAUUAUAUAUAAAUAAUAGUCAUGCAGCACGACGACGUCGUUUGGGCUAUUAUCAACAAGAGGCAUUGCUCACACAAAGUAACCACGAAGACACAGCAAUUCUGUCGUAAUGAAUAUAACCUCACAGGAUUGUGUAGUAGGGCAUCAUGCCCUCUCGCAAAUAGUAAAUAUGCGACUAUAAGAGAAGAAAAUGGUAUUAUUUACUUAUAUAUGAGGACUGCAGAAAGGGUGAUGUUCCCGGCAAAACAAUGGGAGAAAGUUAAGUUAUCUCGGAAUUUUGAGAAGGCAAUAUAUCAAAUCAAUGAGAAUCUUUUAUAUUGGCCAGCUUUUAUUAAAGCAAAAUGCAAGCAGAGAUUUGUCAAAAUAACACAAUAUCUUAUACGUAUGAGAAAACUGAAAUUAAGAAGAGUGAAAGAGUUGGUACCAAUACAAAGGAAGAUUGAAAGGAGAGAGAGAAGGAGAGAAGAGAAGGCAUUAGUCGCAGCUAGGAUAGACAAUGCAAUUGAGAAACAACUAUUGGAGAGGUUGAAGAAAGGCACAUACAAUGACAUAUAUAACUUCCCACAAAUGGCUUUUGAUGCUGCACUAAAAGCAGAAGAGAUAUCCGGAGAAAGUGAGAGUGAAAGGGAAGAUGAAGAGGAGAGGGAGAUGGAAAUAGAGCCAGAGUUAGAACAGGAAUUGGAGAAAACCAUGGAGGAGACAGACGAGUUUGUGGAAGCUGAUAGCGAAAUGGAUAGUGAUGAGGAAAGUGAUUCGGGAAGGAGAGAAGACACUGAAGUUGGAAGUGAUUUUGAGUCAGAAACAUCAGAUAUUGAGGAUAUUGCGGAGAAGGUUAGCAGGAAGAAACCGCGCGUGGAAAUAGAAUACGAGACGGAACCAGUGGUUAAUGUUUCUAGAAAGAAAAUAAAACAUUGAUUUUAUCACCGAC